AUAGUCUUCAAGAAAUCUGGUCGUUUAUACAACAACAGAAGUUUAAUUGUACUGUAAAAACUUUAUGAUUUUGAAUCAUAAUCUUUGAUGCAAUGAAGAUAAAGAUUUUAGUCUUACUUGGAGUGAUUAACUCUGUUUGUUCAUACAAAUGGCCCACACCAGAGAUGUUCAAGCGUUAUUGUAUAGCUUUCCUUAAUAUCACUCGAUUAUUUUUUGGCGCUCCACCACUGGAGUGGGAUGACGAUCUUGGUACACGGGCAAAUGCUUUGGCUAUAUAUUUGAACGCUAGGCAGGAUAUUAGUAAUUCAACAAAAACAGGUUUGAUCUUUGGAGACAUUAUAUACUCGAUGGACAUUGUCUACAACAGUAAACAUGAAAAAGACAAGCUGUGUGUUACGUUAGUAAAACAAUUAAAGGAUGGUAUACAGAUAAAUGAAAACCUAGACAUCUUAGAUAAUGAAGAAAUGGAUAUCGUUCGCCAACUUGUAUGGAAACAAAGUUAUAAAUUCGCUACAGGAGAAGCAGGACGCGCUCGAGGAAAAUAUUUUUUCGUUUUUUCUUUCUACCCGCCUGUAAAAAACGAAGAAAGAAAUCAUAAGACUGUCGCCCAUUUCAGAAACAUUUCCACAUCUUGCGUAAGAGAAAUGAUAGAGAAGGCUUUUCCUGGCGACAGCAAAAAACAAAUCAACAGACACAUAGAUGUCAUGAAUAAAUACAUUCUGGAGGAUAUUGUGCUACACCACUUCUAUAAUGACACAAAAGGAUGUAUAAUACCGAAAAGAACAAAGCAAAAGCAAAACACAACAGAAGACACUUUGUUGACAAAUACAGAUAGUUUGAAGGAAUCGAACAAAACACUAUCAGAUGACCCUUUGAAAGAGGAAAAUUCACCAGACGAGAAGAAAGUACAAGAAACUGAUCAGGAAGAUGUAAAAGUUGCGACUACAAACGGAAUGAUGAACGUAAAAAAUCCACCAAAGAUUAUCUUGGUCCCAGUACCUGAACCCAUACCACAGACGUCAUCACCAAUCCCACCAGCAACGCCCGCAACGCCUGUUUAAAGAGAGAAGGCUCAAUUUUAUAAACAUCUUAUAGACGUAUAGUGCACCUAACCUUAAAUUUUUUUGAACAAAUUUCAUAAAUUGUAAACUUUAAAUAAUAUGAGUGAAAUAUUUAUUAUAAUUGGAUAAAAACCUCGUUUUACACAGCUUCUAGCGUCAAGGAUUUUUAUCCAAUUCAAAAAAAUAAAUUAUCAGUAUUAUUUUACCUCCACAAUUUAUCAAAUCAGUAAAAAAAAUACAUAAGGUUAAGUUUAAUUCAAACGUUGUUAGGUUUAUCGUAUUAAAAAAUGGCGAAUGGGUCAGAUUGACGUUUAUUGGGCUUACCGUUAUUGAAAAGUUGAUGUAUUAUUGUCAUACACAGUUGCCAUAUCUUCAUGUUGACAAAUAAACAAAACUUUACGGAAUUUUUCCAAUAACGUCAAUAAUUGAUUUCGUCGUAAAUUUUCGUAAUACAUGAUUUCUUCUAAAUGAUGCUUACCGUUAAAAUAACGACAGAGCCUAAUAAGAAACACAGAAAGAAAUUUAAUCUUAACUUUGCCAAUUUUUAUAAAAUAACUGAUUAAGACGAAACACGUGUAACUUUGUAAACUGGUCUCUUCAUUGACGGGCAAAACACUUGGAUUAAUAAGAAUAUUCUUUACUCUAAUUGUGAUCAUAUCUUACGUAACGACAAAACUUUAAUCUUCACCUAAAUAAAUACAUAUUUCCCAAAAAA